AGAAAAUGUAUCAUCAUCGCAAUCGUUUUCUGUAAGUAAUGGAGGAGAGUUUUAUUAUGGACAAAGAAUAAGCCAAAAAAUUCUUAAUGACACUAUCAUGAAAGAAUGUAAAGAUUUAGAAAAAUUAAAAUGUUUUAUUUGUGGUCCGCCAAUUAUGCGAGACGAUUUGAUUUGUUGGUUGAAAAACGCAGGCUUGGUUGAGAAUAGGAUCGUUUUGGAGAAAUGGUGA